CGUUCCUCCUCCGUGCAAAAUAGAUAUCCACGGAGCGGACGAUCCAGAUCGAAGGGGGUCCACGGGAAGUCCCAGCUCGACGCCUCCGGGCUGGGGAGCAAACGCUCGACGCUGGAAAAAUCCGGCUCGAUUCCCGUCCUUUCGCCUUUACCGCCUUGCCCCCGCUCCUUUCCCCGCUCUCCACUCCCAAAAUAUAUAAAUUUCCGAGAUCGUCCUUCGUGUACUGUUGCUGCGCUCUCCGUCACGUUCGAGAUGUCAGGGCGCAGGAUGUCGCACCAGCUCAGCAGCGGAAUGUUUGUGUCGGGGCCGCCGGAGCAGCCAAAGGAGCGGCAGCCGACAAUCGGCUCGCGGGCGGUGCCUUACACCGGCGGUGAUGUCAGGAAGUCCGGCGAGCUGGGAAAGAUGUUCGACAUCCCCGUGGUGAUGGAGGGCUCCACCACCACUCCCGCCAGCCGGUCUCGGUCUCACUCCGGCCCCCUCCCCCGCCCGUCCUCAGGCUCCGGGCCGCAGUCGCGGAAGACAUCCGGCCCGCUGUUCCAGGUCCCUGUCACCGGGCUCAUCACAUCCGGCCCGGACCGCCGAUCCGGCGGGCAGCAGCAGCAACCAGCGGCGGCGGAGCAGUCGCCGGCGGUGGCCGGGCGGAGGAAGGCGGCGCUGGGAGGAUACGGGCCGGCGGUGACGGCGGUGGGCCACAGUGGGAGCUACGCGUCUGGUAUCCCGACCGUGUGGUACUGGAUCGUCUCGCUGACGUUUGUGGUGGGGCUCGGGGUCGGGGGGUUCCUCUGGGUUGUGGUGGCGAGGCCGGUGCUGCUGAUAGUGGUGGCAGCACUGGGGGUUCUACUCGGGCUGCUGGCGUUGUGGAACUGGAUCAUGAGGAGCCGGGAGGUGGAGAGGUUCUUGACGUGCUACCCUGAUACUCCUAUCGAUCCCAGGAACCUCCCAAUUGGAAAGACAGUCAAGAUCACCGGGCAUGUCACUUGUGGUAGCAUUCCUCUUGAAACAUCCUAUCAGAAUAUCUGUAGGUGCAUAUAUGCAUCUACUGAACUUUAUGAGUAUCGAGGAUGGAGUGGUUUGGUUAGUCUUAAGCGCUUCACAUGGGGAUUGAGACAUUCAGAGAGGCAUGUUGCAGAUUUCUACAUAUCUGACCCCAAUACUGGGACAAGAUUUCUUGUAAGAGCAGGAAAUGGAGCCAAAGUCACUUCUUUUGUUAAACUUGCAACCGUUUUAAAUGUAAACAAGGAAGACAAAGAGCUAUCUCCUGACUUCGUAAGCUGGCUGACAGAGCGUAAUAUUUCCAGUGAUGAUCACGGGAUGCGCCUUGAGGAGGGUUUUAUCAAAGAGGGGAAUACCGCAAGUGUGAUAGGCAUUCUCAGGAAGCAUGAAAAUCUGAUUAUUAUUGACCCACCUGCGGAUGCUAUUUCGACUGGUUGCCAAUGGGGAAGAUGCUUUGUUCCCGUGUUUGUCGAAGGCCUCAUUCUGAUUGGAGAUGGAGGUCCAGAUGAGGUGAUCUAUCAUGUAUAGAUAUUGCUAGGUGAAUGCGGUAGUUUCAAAUUGCUAGGAGAAAGCAGCUUUGUUUGUUCUGUAAAUAUGUUGUGUAUACGGGGAGUGGGAGGUGGAAAAACACUAGAAAGGGAGUGGAUAAGUAUCAAUGCCCCAGAUUCAAUUUAUUGAGGAUCAAAUAAUGAGUUAUAUAGUUGCUUUCUGUUUUCUUUUAUAAAUGCUGCCGUUCGGUCAUGAUAUAACGGGGAAUGUAAAUGUACAUAUUUUGUUCUUCCUCAUUGUAUUAGACCAAUGUGUUUACGUGGUUAUCUUUGCUUUCCUUUCA